UUUCUGGUGACAGAGAGGACCAUAAACGGCGAUCGAGGUGGAGGCGCAGGCGGAUUAGUGCCAGCGCCAGGCAGGCGGGUUGUUUGUGAUUAACUGCUGCUGGGGACUGGGGUAUGGAGAUGUUGCGUCGCUCCUCAGUAUUCGCGGCAGAAGUAAUGGAAGUAUUUGACCGAUCCCCCACAGACAAGGAGCUGGUGUCACAGGCGAAGGCGCUAUGCAGGGAUUUCAUCCAUUCCAGGCUGAACAGGACCGGGAUUGGGUGGUCGAAGGCCGAGCAUCAGCUGUCGGCAUCAGGUGGGACGCUUGGAGAGAUCUCCUCUGUCCUCGUGUGGUUAGGUGAUGAGUUGGAGUACCUGCGGCCCAACAUCUACCGUAACGUAGCUCGUCAGCUGAACAUCACCGUCGCGUCUGAGAGCGUGGUGUCUGAUGCCUUCCUGGCUGUGGCUGCAGAGAUCUUCUCCACCGGUAUAACGUGGGGGAAGGUGGUGUCCCUGUAUGCGGUGGCUGGUGCCCUGGCGGUGGACUGCGUGAGGCAUGGUCACCCAGCCAUGGUCCACACCAUCGUAGACUGCAUGGGGGAGUUUGUCCGCAAGAGCCUGGUCUCCUGGUUGAAGAGGAGAGGAGGCUGGGCUGAUAUCACAAAGUGCGUGGUGAACACGGACCCCAGCUUCCGCUCCCAUUGGUUGAUGUCUGCUACCUGCGCCUGUGGACAUUACCUGAAGGCCAUGUUGUUUUACCUGCUCCGGGACAAGUGACAACGGAGGACGAGUUCAGUCACGACCACACGAUGGACAAUCUGCCCCAUCCGCCAGUGUAGGACAGCAGAGCCUUAUCCUGGUCCCAGAUCUGUUCGAGCUCCUGACAACUCUAUUGCUGUCAUUGUCAAACUAAACAAGUUUUUUGUUUGUGUGUUUUAGAUCAAGGAGUUUGUCAGGACAAAGUGAGUGACAAGGAGUUGUCAUGACAGCCCAAACAGACUGGCACUCGGCCAACCGGCGUCUGUCUGAAGGGGCAGCCAUCCCUCCUCUAGAGUUCUAGAUAUGUUGUUUGUUUACACCUGCAGACGUUUGCACUGAAUCUCCGCCACUGACGAGCACCUUGGGCCUUCACAAACAAACGAAACAAACGCACCGGCAUUGGAACAAUCAACGUGAAUAAGCUUGUUAGCCACGUCUGCUUUGAAUUUGGGUGUUUACGAUUUAGCUUGACAGUAUUAUUGUGACGUAUCAUGUACAGAUUCUCCAGCUGUAUUGUGAGGUAGUAGUCUAUAUACAUACUGAUCCAUAGCGUUAACAGUUGACUUGAAUGGGAAUGCCCAUUCUAGUUAUUCUAUAUCUAGAUCUCUGUUUUUCUAUAGCUCUCUCUCUCUCUCUCUGUCACAUUCCUUGCUUUCUUUAUGCUUACAUAGACUGGUUAACUGACAACGUCACACAAACACACACACACACACACACACACAAAAACACGCACCCCCUUCUAAGAGGCAGAAGGACGUGUGUUGUGAUUCUGGAUGGCCAGAUAGCUAGCAGCAAUGAGAAUAAACUGCCAUGUUAUCGUAAGUGGCUCGUGUUGAUCUUGUUCUUGAUACCAUGUCUUGUUUUGAGGUGAUGUUACGUCUAUGCUAAUUUGACUAAUAUUUGCUAGCUAGCGGGCUAACCAACAACUGUAACAAUGUAUUUGAGAGACAACAAGUGCUCAUUGUGCACCUUUAUUUAUGUUUUCAAUAAACAUUUUAGAUUAAAUAUAGUUUACAUGUUGUCAACCAUCUAAGCCAACCUUGUCUGUUUUGACCCAUAGUUGUGCAUGCGUUGAUUUUGUUGCUAAACAACCAACCCGUUAUUUACUCCUGGGCAAAUAUUCCAUUUAAAGCAAUGGAAUAUUUGUAUAAAUUUGAGUUUCAUUUAUGCACAUACUGUAUGUCAAGUGAAGUGUGGAUAUUGCCCGGACAGAGUGGGAGAAUCUCAAUUGCGAUUUCCCUUGAUUCCUCACGUCCCCUCUCCUCACCUACUCAAAACCCAUUGGAUGAGCAAGUCAGAGAGGCGGGACCUCUGACCUUCUCAUCCAAUCGUUUUUUUUUGAGAAGGAGGCGCGAGUAGAGAGGAAUGCGAAGAUUCAAAGAAAUAGCCAUUGAGAUUUUCCCAGGGCUUCUAAAUACAGCCCCUAGUGGCUGGAAAGAAGAAUGGCCAGAAAAACACAGGAAGAGACUGUUGUGAUUUUAGGAUCUCUGCAUUGAUAAUGGUCAGAUGAAUGAAAAGGAUAACGGACUUCACUAAGUGAAAUAAUGAUCAAUUCCUCAGUUUGGAUGGAAAUAUAGUUUUGAUUAUAAAAUUUGUUUGCAUGCUUCAUGUAUGGGCUUGUAAAGUAAGCAUUUCACUGUAUGAUUUAUGUGACGAGUGUGUGGAUUUAUAUCAGUCCCCCAGUUAGUGUGUGUGUGUGUGUGUGGGGGGGUACUGUUUUUGUAGAAUAUUGAGAUAUUAUGGAUCACUCCAUCGUCUGAAACUUAAAAUCCCAUUCAGACAUUUUGUUUUGUCUGUUUUAUUCCACAAGUUAUUUUAAUUUCAUGAAUAACUUUCACAGUAGCUUACAUAUAUUAUAUUUGGCAUGCAACACUGAGUGUCAUUUCAGAAAAUAAAAUAUUUUAUAUUUCAA